UGAUGUCACUGGCUCAGUGGAGCUCGAGCAUCCUUGCCAAAGACAGGGAGACAACAGAGCCGUUUUGAUCGCUUCGGCCGAACAUCCCAAGCUGCCUUUCCGUUUUCCUUGAGUCCCCACUGGCAGUCACGGGUGGAGGAAGAGGAGGUACAGGUACAAGGCACCAGCAGGCGGUGACCUCCUCAGCCCUUCAUGGAGAAGAGAAGCUGUUAGCAGGGGCAGUGCCAGACCUGGAGGAGAGCAGCGGAGGUGGUGGUGGUGUCCGCGGAGCUGGAUAAUAAAACAGACGAUCACGACAAAUAGAGCCAAUUCACGUUAUUGGCAUUGCCGAGACCUGCAGACCGGCAUUACAGAAAGCACCCCAAGGUGCUAAGAAGACAGCACCAUGGCAGGGGCCUCUGUGAAGGUGGCGGUGCGGGUCCGCCCCUUCAAUUCUAGGGAGAUUGAGAAAGAUAGCAAACUGAUCAUUCAGAUGUCUGGAAACACCACUACCAUCAUCAACCCCAAGCAGGCCAAAGACAACAAGAGCUUCAACUUUGAUUACUCCUACUGGUCUCACACUUCGCCCGAAGAUGUCAAUUAUGCAUCUCAGAAGCAAGUGUACAAAGACAUCGGAGAGGAAAUGUUGCUUCAUGCCUUUGAAGGCUACAACGUCUGCAUCUUUGCAUAUGGUCAGACGGGUGCAGGCAAGUCCUACACCAUGAUGGGGAAACAGGAUGUGAAGGAUCAGCAAGGAAUUAUUCCCCUGCUGUGUGAAGACCUUUUUACAAAGAUCAAUGAUAAUACAGACAACAGCAUGUCCUACUCUGUAGAGGUAAGCUACAUGGAAAUCUACUGUGAGCGUGUGCGGGACUUGCUGAACCCAAAAAACAAAGGGCACCUGCGUGUGCGAGAGCAUCCUCUAAUGGGACCUUAUGUGGAGGACCUGUCCAAGCUAGCUGUCACCUCCUACAAUGACAUCCAGGACCUGAUGGAUUCUGGCAACAAGGCUAGGACUGUGGCUGCCACCAACAUGAAUGAGACAAGCAGUCGCUCGCACGCCGUCUUCAACAUCAUAUUCACCCAGAAACGCCACGACACAGAGAUGGAUAACACUACCGAGAAGGUCAGUAAAAUCAGUUUGGUGGAUUUGGCUGGCAGUGAGAGGGCCGAUUCUACCGGAGCCAAAGGGACCAGGCUAAAGGAAGGAGCAAAUAUCAACAAAUCUCUAACCACGCUGGGGAAAGUCAUCUCUGCUUUGGCAGAAAUGGACUCUGGGCCAAAUAAGAAUAAAAAGAAGAAAAAGGCAGAAAGCUUCAUUCCAUACCGAGAUUCAGUUUUGACUUGGCUACUGAGGGAAAAUUUGGGGGGAAAUUCUCGAACUGCGAUGGUUGCUGCUCUGAGUCCAGCUGAUAUCAACUACGAUGAGACCCUUAGCACGCUCAGGUAUGCUGACCGUGCCAAACAGAUUCGCUGUAACGCUGUCAUCAACGAGGAUCCCAACAACCGAUUGGUGCGUGAGCUGAAAGAGGAGGUGUCUCGCCUGAAAGAGCUCCUCUUUGCUCAAGGCCUGGGUGACAUCAUUGAGACAUAUCGAGCGUCUGGUGCUGAUAUCGAGGGUUUGAAAUACAUAUCCGAUUACAAGAACAAUAACAAUAAAGGCCAAGCUGUGAAUCAAAGGGAUGAUCUCUCCACAGUGACCAAUGCCAUGACGGGGAUGAGCCCCUCUCCAUCUCUCUCAGCCUUGUCCAGUCGGGCCGGAUCUAUUGCCAGUCUGCACGAUCGCAUCAUGUUCAGCCCAGGCAGCGAGGAGGCCAUCGAGAGGCUGAAGGAAACAGAGAAAAUCAUCGCUGAGCUCAAUGAGACCUGGGAAGAGAAACUUCGCAGAACAGAAGCCAUUAGAAUGGAAAGAGAGGCCCUGCUGGCCGAAAUGGGUGUAGCAAUGCGAGAAGAUGGUGGAACAGUUGGUGUGUUCUCUCCAAAGAAGACGCCUCAUUUGGUGAACCUCAACGAGGACCCUCUGAUGUCUGAGUGCCUGCUGUACUACAUCAAAGACGGGAUCACCAGGGUCGGUCGUUUAGAUGCCAGCAGUCGCCAGGAUAUAGUCCUCAGUGGUCACUUCAUAAAGGACGAGCACUGCACCUUCACUAGUUCUACUGGCCCAAUGGGAGAAACAGUUGUCCUUGAGCCUUGUGAAGGAGCUGAGACAUACGUUAAUGGAAAGAGGGUGACAGAACCCACUGUUCUGAAAUCAGGAAAUCGCAUCAUCCUGGGGAAGAGUCACGUCUUCCGGUUUAACCACCCUGUACAGGCCCGGGCUGACAGGGAGAAGAACCCAUGUGCCGAAACCCCUGUUGAGCCUGUGGACUGGGCCUUCGCUCAGAGGGAGCUGUUGGAGAAACAGGGCAUUGACAUGAAGCAAGAAAUGGAACAGAGGCUGCAGGAGCUGGAAGAUCAGUAUCGCAAAGAAAGAGAGGAGGCCAGCAACCUUCUAGAGCAGCAAAGACUGGAUUAUGAAAGCAAGCUGGAGGCUCUUCAGAAGCAAGUGGACCGUUAUAACCCAGAAGGUCCUGAAGAAGAGGAGGAACCGGAAGAAGAAGUGCAGUGGACGGAGAGGGAAAGAGAGCUGGCUGUGUGGAGUUUCCGUAAAUGGCGAUGCUACCAGUUCACCUCGCUGCGUGAUCUCUUAUGGGGAAAUGCCAUCUUCCUGAAGGAGGCUAAUGCGAUCAGUGUCGAACUUAAGAAGAAGGUGCAGUUCCAGUUUGUGUUGCUGACAGACACUCUUUACUCCCCCCUGCCUCCUGACCUGUUGCCCCCAGAGGCAACUAAAGACAGAGAGAAGCGACAAUUCCCACGUACUAUCGUGGCGGUGGAGGUGCAAGAUCAGAAGAAUGGAGCAACUCACUAUUGGACAUUAGAAAAACUAAGGCAGAGGCUAGAUCUGAUGAGAGAAAUGUAUGAUCGUGCUGCUGAUGUGCCCAACAGUACUGUGGAGGACUGUGAAAAUGUGAUGACGGGAGGUGACCCCUUUUACGAUCGCUUCCCCUGGUUCCGCCUGGUUGGCAGAAAUCCCAUUUUCAACACAUGCAUGAGCGAGCGCAUGAGUGACCCCACCCCAUCCCCGACCCUUUCCACCUCUGAAAUUACUGAGCUGGCUGACUCGCAGCGGGAGGGUCGCGGGGAGGAGGAGGAGUUGGAGGAUUUGGACGACCUGGACGAUGAUAUCUUUUUGGACGACCCGAGCUCCGAGCUCGGGGUAGAGGAUGAUGAUGAUGAUGAUGAUGAUGAUGAUGAUGAUGAGAGAGAGCUCUGCCGAGGCUCCAGCGAAGGCCUGGAUCCCUUUUACGACCGCUCACCAUUAUUCAGUGUAGUGGGAAGGGCUUUUGUUUAUCUCAGUAAUCUGCUGUACCCGGUUCCGCUCGUCCAUCGCGUGGCCAUUGUCAGUGAGAAGGGAGAGGUAAAGGGCUUCCUUAGGGUGGCAGUACAGGCCAUAUCAGGUUCUCUGUGUUUCCCUCCAGCUGAUGAGGAGGCUCCCGACUACGGCUCUGGAGUGAGGCAGUCGGGCACUGCCAAAAUCUCCUUUGAGGAUCAGCAGUAUGAAAAGUUCCAGUCAGAGUCCUGCUCUGUAGGACUGUCCCGCACUGGGAUUUCUCAGGAGGAGCUUCGGAUCGUGGAGGGAGAGGGGCAGAACGCAGAAAUGGGGCCGUCAGCUGACGAAGUCAACAACAAUACAUCUGGAUCAGAUGAGGUGGAGAAUCCACUGAAGGCUGGUCUGGAUGGAGCACUCGAUACAACUCUGGAACAUCUCAGGAUCGGUAAUAUUUUUACCUUCAGAGUGACUGUCCUGCAGGCCUCCAGCAUCUCUGCGGAAUAUGCCGACAUCUUCUGCCAGUUCAACUUCAUCCACCGCCAUGAUGAGGCCUUCUCCACUGAACCCCUAAAAAACACAGGCCGCGGCCCUCCUCUCGGUUUCUACCAUGUGCAGAACAUUGCUGUUGAGGUUACUAGAUCAUUCGUGGACUACAUCAAGACUCAGCCAAUUGUGUUUGAAGUCUUUGGCCACUACCAGAAGCAGCCUUUUCUUCCUCUUUGUAAAGAUGUCAUGAGUCCACUACGCCCCUGCAGGAGACAGUUUCCACGAGUGAUGCCUCUCUCCAAACCAGUGGAUCCUGACGCCUCGUCGGACCGGGAGAAAUCGCUGGAGCUCAUCCGAUACUUGGUCCCAGAUGUGUUCAAUGGGUCACUGGUGGACUCGCUGUCAGGCCACGCUCUGUCUGCCGCUGGCUUAGCUGCUUCCUUCCUGCUGGAAGGAAACGAGCAAGCUCAGCUGCCAGCUCCACCCAUCUCUAUCUGUUCAGUUAUUAAAGCUCAGAAGCCGGUACCUGCCACCAAACUGACGGCCAUGACCCGUCCACAGGCAGGACCCUGUCACUGUAAAUAUGACCUCAUGGUUUUCUUCGAGAUCUGCGAGCUGGAGGCGAACGGGGACUACAUCCCUGCAGUAGUGGACCACAGAGGAGGAAUGCCCUGCCAUGGCACAUUUCUUCUGCACCAGGGCCUCCAGAGGAGAAUCACUGUUACUAUUGUACAUGAAUCUGGAAAUGACAUAGAAUGGAAGGAAGUCCGUGAGCUUGUUGUGGGACGUCUGCGCAACACGCCCGAAUCUGAUGAGACCAUCAUUGAUCCUAAUAUUCUAUCUCUCAACAUUUUAUCUGUUGGAUAUGUCAGGCCCCUGCACGAUGACAGAUGCAAACCAAGGAGACAGUUUCUUGAUUCGGACAUGCCUAGAACUUUCUUCCGGUUUGAGGCUGCUUGGGAUAGCUCAAUGCACAACUCCCUGCUCCUAAACCGAGUCACUCCAUACGGGGAGAAGAUCUAUAUGACCCUCUCAGCCUACUUGGAGAUGGAGAACUGCACGCAGCCUGCAGUUAUUACCAAAGAUAUCUGCAUGGUGUUUUACUCUAGGGACACAAAGCUCUCAGCUUCCCGAUCAAUCCGUAACCUUUUCGGUACUGGUAGCCUAAGAGCUGCAGAUGGAAACCGUGUAACUGGAGUUUAUGAGGUCAGCCUGUGUCACCAGGCAGAUGCAGGAAGCCCUGGAAUGCAAAGGAGACGCAGGCGGGUGCUGGACACCUCUGUGGCCUACGUCCGUGGGGAAGAGAACCUGGCUGGAUGGAGGCCACGUAGUGACAGCCUCAUUCUGGACCACCAGUGGGAGCUGGAGAAACUCAGCCUCCUCCAAGAUGUGGAAAAAACCAAACAUUACCUCCUUCUGAGGGAGAAACUAGAGUCCACGCUGCUCAUGGGCCAGGAGACCCUUCAAUCCUGUGUCACUGAUGAGCUGAAUGAGUCUCCUCAGCCCGCUGAGAUGGACCCGGAGGUCAGCUGCACUGAAAUCACCACUGAGAGGCAGAGGGAGCUUGCUGCUAAGUGUUUGCGGCUGCUCACUCACUCCUUCAACAGAGAAUACAGCCAUGUGUGUGUGAGCGCCAGUGAAAGCAAGAUCUCUGAGAUGUCCAUCACAACGUUAAGAGAGUCCACUUCAAUCUCUGCUCUUAACACAAUCACCCCUUCCUCUACAUGCCCUUCACUGGUUGAGGGCUGCUACAGCAAUGCUGAACUCAGACCCCCUGUCCCUCGCUCUCGUGUGGUUAGCCCCGGUCCUGAUGCACCACAGGACGCAGAGGCCAAGAAGUCCAUCAACGGAGCCUCUGAAACUAAACCUCAGACCCGGAAGUUUGUCCCAGAUAUCCAGGAGAUUCGAGUCAGUCCCAUCGUGUCGAAGAAGGGUUAUUUGCAUUUCCUGGAGCCACUCACCAAUGGAUGGGUGAAGCGCUAUGUUGUCGUGCGGCGGCCGUACGUCUACAUCUACAACACGGAAAGAGACGCAGUGGAGCGAGCUAUUCUCAACCUCUCCUCUGCCCAGGUGGAGUACAGCGAAGACCAGCAGGCAAUGUUAAAGACCCCAAACACAUUUGCUGUGUGCACAGAACAUCGUGGAAUAUUGCUUCAAGCCACAAAUGACAAAGACAUGCAUGACUGGCUGUAUGCUUUUAACCCGCUCCUUGCUGGAACUAUCAGGUCAAAGUUGUCGAGAAGACGAGCCGGACAGAUGAGGAUGUGAAACAAGACAUUUUACAAAAUGUCAUGAGAGCAACUCAAAGACUAUGAUGUACAUAGAUCCUUGUCUCUAUCCCGUUCCUCGUGCUGAGCCCCGUCUCCACCGCUACAGUCACCAACAACCAUCUCUCUCCCCCGUACGUUCUCUGUUUAUCACUAGUGUCCUCAGCACCUAAAGCACCCAUUUCCUGUCAGGCCUAUUCUGCGAUGUGAGUCUCUCUCUUCAAAAACCUGUCACUGUACUGUACUGGAGUUUGUUCAUAGCUGGAUGAGAGAAGAAAAUGGAGGGAGUAGCAACUGUUUCUUAUCUCAGAUUACAUGCGUAUGGUAAUGUACUGUAGUUGUUGUUGGUGACACAUCAAGCCUUAUACAUCAGUUCUUAAAAAAAAAAAAAAAAGCAGUGACAGGCAUGUUUACCUAAAGCUGCAGGGAUCACGUUGCUACAUUUGCAUCAGUAAAUAGAAAAACUCUUCUACAGCUAUAUAUAAAGGUCUAAACUGAUUUGCAUACAACAUACAGCUAGAAAAUACGAAGCGACAGUCACAUGUCUCUCUCUUAAGAAUAUUUCUCUCUUCUUUCUGGUCCAUAAAUCCUGAUAUCCAGUAAGCUGCUUCCUCUUCCUAAAACUUCUAGAAACCUUAGCACACACAGCCUGGCACGGGAAUGGCAUCUCAUCAUAAACUUUAUGUCGCUGUAGUAAAUUCAUGUUGUUUUUAGCUACUCGUAGGAGCACUGAGGGUACCUACAUUCCCACAAGAAGUAAUCAGAUGUCAUGACAUUAAUUCUCCCAUUUUAAUCUCUACCUGUAUUUUAUUUGUUUUAAAAUGUGAUAUAUUUAGAUAUUUAACAGUUUUAUUAUUUAUUUCUGCGUGUAUUUAUUUGAAAAAAAAAUGCAUUUAUAUUUCUAAAGUAGUAGUACAGUGCAAUUUCUGCACACUGCACUUUUUAAUGAGUUCCUUAAAUGUUUAAAUGAUACAACCUUUUCCCCUCGCAAUGAAUAUUACUGAAACAAUUUAAUAACUCACAGCUUCUUUAUGCUGAAAAUUACUUGAAUAAAUACAAUCUGAUACGCGAUUAGCAUAGUCACACCUUAGACCCAGCUAACAUGCAUUUAAAAUGCCCAGUAAUUAGGUAGAUGAUAUAAGUAGGUAACCAGUUCAUCCUCUGCUGCACAAAGCUACUUUAUUCAAUCAAAAGAAAAAGAUGAAAUCUUCUUCACAGUACAGAAUAUGAAGCUGUUUUUUUCCUGAAUGAUAUGUAUAUUGAUUGAAUGUAGUGCCUCUCUUUUCAGGCAUACUGCACGCUACAGUAUGCCUCUGCACCAGUUGCUUUGAAACUACAUCCUUCAUGCUGCUAAAAUACUGUUCUGGGAGUGUCUGCAGGUCAUAUCAUCACUUUCCUGCCUUCCAUCAUCAUCAUUUCAAGUCCAAGCAGAAGGUUUAAUUUAUGAUAUCAUAAAGUGUGGAAUUUCCAUAACACAAAGCAUACUCAGAGAAACAUAUUUCAGGAUUUUCACUCAUACAAAUGGCCAUAUUAAAUGGAACCCUGACUAUGACCACAUGUAUAGUUUAUUAUAUUAACAUUAAAACCACUUAAAACUUAAAAGGGAUGCUAAAUAAAUCCACUGUAGAUAUGUUAGUAAUUAAAGAUUUGAACUCGAAUGCUACCUUGGUUAGAAACACUGAACACGUACAAACUGCAGAGCUGAUCGAAUGGUCAGAUUUUCACUUUUUCUGUGAACAGAGUCGUGACCUUUGGUUUGCUUUCAGAGCAGAGGGUUUACUGUCAGCAGCAGCUAUUGUUUCCCAUUUUUCAGGUUUCUUCAAGCUAUUUUGAAUCACUACCCAAAAACAUUUGGACUCCUAUAAAAAGAUUGCUGGAACAGCAUUUAAUUUCAGUCAUCAUUUCCAUCAGUAUUUGUCAGCUUUUUUAGUGACUAAAUGCAUUAAAUGCAUUAGUGCUGAGAAUGCAGCCACAGGUUCUUUCUCCUUUUCUCAGCAGCAGGAGAUUAAUGAUCAUGUCUCUUGUUUUCUUACUGCUGGAAAUUACAAUCAAAAGUAGCAGUGAUACUGUUUAUGGUUUGUAUACUGUAGGUUGUUAAAAAGAGCAUUUAGUUUAUGUCACUGACCCAGAAUGCAUUGCAUACUAAUAGUACUUGCAGAUGGGUAAAAAUGUGUGUUAAACAUGAAAGACUUUUUAAAACAAUGACAUUUUUCAACAGUUUUGUUGAAUGUUGGCUAUUUAAAGCAUAUUAAAGCCCACAAGUUAAAUAGUCGGGGCUCCUUUUACACAGUUUUAGUCCUGUUGGCAAAUUUUUGAUGAAAAUGCAACCGUGCCUCUCGUUUAAAAACCCUCAACAGAUAAAGCGUGUGAGCUGUUGUGAGAAGUUGGACUGAUGAGUGUGCCUCAGGUCAUCCAGCCUAGAGAGCACGCUCAGUGAGACCAUGACAUGUCAUUUGAGAGUAAGUGAGAGUAAAAUUAAACAUAACUCCAGUUCAGUAUGUUCUUAGUUUGGCUGCUGAUGUAAUACCUUCAUUAACGUCUAAUAAGAAGUAUCUUUCCAGAGGUUUUAAAGUAUUCUGUGUGCUAUGGAAAUCAUCAGUUCAUCGACAGUUGUGACAAAUCAAACAACCAGAAUCUUUUUUUGUAACAAACAGAUUAAAGUGUACUUCAGGCCACCAUAUAUCAAACAUGUUUUUGUCACAUCUCAUUUCCUAAAAUCCAACAUGGUCAGAAAAACGAAUGUGUUCCUGGGUUUGCUCCAGUCUGGUCUCCAUGGUGACUUUUUUCCACAUGUUUUUAUUGGGCCUUUUAAUGUACAUCACAUUUGAGCCAACCAAAGUUUUGUUGUUGCAGUCACAAAAAUGUCACACUGAAUGUAAACUGAUCUUUGAAAAUACUUAUUCUGCUGAAAUAAUCGUUUUGAAUUGUCUUCACAUUCCGGUUCCUUAUUGAUUGUAGGUAGGUCAAUAUCAGGGAACCUUUUGGAGGCUGUGAGACAUAGCUGAAGCGGUCUGUCCACUAAUGUAUGGGAGGGUGGUGGUUCACUGUGUCCCAGCUGGGCAUCAUGUACAGAGUAAUGCUGUAGGUUACCUUACUGUCGAGUUUUCAGUAUCACCGUCAUGCUCUUGGCAGCCUUCACUAAAUCUACUUUUUCUAAACCCUCCCCUUUUCAAGGAACAUCAUUUCCAUUUUUGUGCUUCCAUAUCUUUUUCACACCAUUACUUUUCUUUCUCUUCAGAUAUUUUUUGCAUUGUAUAUAAACAUGAUUGCUGUGAACACUGUAUUAUAAAGUUGCACCCAUUUACAAAUGGGCCGUAGUUCAGUCAAUGUCUCUGAGUGUUUUAGCGUCAGCUGUUUGUGUACACUAAACACAUUGUCAUAUAUGAAAUAAACAUGGAAAAUA